GAGGAAGUUACCUGUUGAAUCGUUCUGUGCGCUCGCUUCUCAACCCCUGCAGCUAUCCCUAAGAGGGAAGCCGCCCACCACAAGCCUCUUCCGAAAGAGAGCCCCAAACGGUUGAGCCACAUGGCUUCCGCGGUCUGGGGGAGUGCGCCCUGGUGGGGCCCGCCGCCCCCAGCCCCAGCCCGGCCGCUCACGGACAUCGACUUCUGCUCCGGGGCGCAGCUGCAGGAACUAACCCAGCUGAUCCAGGAGCUGGGUGUGCAGGAGAGCUGGAGUGACGCGCCCAAGCCGGGACCAGACCUCCUCCGGGCCAAGGACUUCGUCUUCUCUUUGCUUGGUCUUGUUCACCGUCGGGACCCCCGCUUUCCUCCCCAAGCAGAGCUCUUGCUGCUUCGUGGUGGGAUUCGCGAGGGCUCCCUGGAUCUGGGACCUGCACCCCUAGGUCCUUACAUCCGGGGACCUCAUUACGACGCCGGCUUUACACUCCUAGUGCCCGUGUUUUCGCUAGACGGCACUGGGCGGGAGGUGCAACUGGACGUGGAGUCCUGUUACGCGUGGCUGUGCCUCCCAGAGCAGAUAGGCGGAACCUCCAUCCGGGAGGCUUGGCAGGAUUGCCUAGGACCUCCAGUCCCAGGAGGACGUGAUUCCAGCCACCGAACCGAAAGCGAAGGAAGUCCCAAGGGUCGGCAAAGCUCCAUGGACCAGCCGCACGGUUAUGUCACUGAACCUGAGCGAAACGUGUCUUUGGAAAAAUCGUCGAGUAACGUUCCGGGGCCUGAGCCGCCUGGGCAAGACAUAAUCGAUCUUGGCUUUUCUCCCCCACUGGAAAACCUGAAUGGUGACGUCACCAAAGCAGCCGUCCUUAGCCCAGUCCCACAGCCGUGGGAAGAUUGGGAGGCAUGGCCCACACUUUGUCCCGCCCAGGUGGCUGCGUGGUUCUUUGCUUCACUGGCCGCGGUCGCCGAGUCCCUGUUCCCGGUCCCGGGUGCCCCACGCUUGGUCCACGCAGCCCGCCACGCGGGGUUCACUACCGUCCUCCUGGCCACGCCGGGGCCCCCGCGCCGCGUCCUGCUCUUCGACCUGAUUCCCGUGGUGUCCGUGGCCGGCUGGCCCGAGGGUGCUCGGAGCCACUCGUGGGCCGGCCCGCUGGCCUCCGAGUCGUCAUCCUUCUACCUGGUGCCCGGCGGCCACACCGAGCAGCCGGGCGCCUCCGGCUGGCAGCUCUGCUUCGCCCGCCAGGAGCUGGCGCUCAAGACGCGCAUUCCCGCUCCGCUGCUGCAAGCGCACGCGGCGGCCCAGGCGCUGCUGCGCCCGCUGGUGGCCGGGACCCGCGCCGCGGCGCCCUACCUCCUGCGGACGCUGCUCUACUGGGCGUGCGAGCGGCUGCCAGCGCUCUAUCUCGCGCGGCCCGAGAACGCGGGCGCCUGCUGCCUCGGGCUGCUGGAUGAGCUGGGCCGCGUGCUCGAGGCCGGGACACUGCCCCACUAUUUUCUGAGCGGCCAGAAGCUCCGUGCGGGGGAUGGCGCCGCGGCGCUGCUCGGGGCGUUGGCCCGGCUCCGCGCGGACCCAGCCCGGGCCCUGCGCGCCGCGGUGGAGGAGGCCAAGGUUGCACGCAAGGGGGGCGGCUUAGCGGGGGUGGGAGGCAGGGCCCAUUAAAGACGCUGUUC